AUGUCAAUGGUAAAGUUGAUUGCACUUAAUCCAAAUUUAGCAUCAAAUCCGCGACGAACAGCAAUGACAGGAUCGAAACUAUAUACGAUGCUUCUCGUCAAUAUGAGAACGUUUUAUCGGUUCACAAUGACUUCCACAUCAACACCAGGCCAGGCUAUUAUAUAUAAAUCCACAGCAGUUACAAUCAUUUACCAUAACAGUAAUCAAAAACCAUAUCCACCAUAUAGAAAUCAACAAUCAUCUUAUAUUAUUAAUACAAUAAAUAAUAAUCAACAUCAUAAAUUAACACUUUCAUAA